AUGGUCGAGCUUCAGAAUUCUGCUCUGCUGGAAGCCGAAGAGGCCAACAUGACUGCUGAGGAAUCAAAAGUAAGGGCCCAGGAGGAGCUCUUCAGCACACGACAAUGGCUUGCUUCGACGCGAGCUGAGCUCCACGAGAUGCUGAACGGAUUCGCGGCUGUGCAAAGGGAGAAUGCAAAAGCUCUGACAGAGUCGGAGGUGGCUGAGAUUGAUGCACAGCAUCGAGCUCAGGCUGCAGUCGAAGAGGAGCUGCAUCGCACCUACAAGCAGAUGCAAGAGCUGGAAACUGCGCAACUGCAGACUGUGGCAGUGCCCGACAUGAAGACGGAGAUGGAGGCGGAGCGUGCAGCACGCGAGAAGGUCGAGGGACAGUAUACGCCCGCACUCGCAUACACUGCAGAGCUUCAGCAGAGAAUAGCCGAAGCUGACGCCACGUGCGAUCUCCGAGACAAGCACCAACUUCAAGCUACUCUCGCAAGCGUUUGA